UCCAGCUCAUUGGCAUCAUAUCGCAUCGCAUAACUUUGUUUAGCCGGGUAUCGUUGUACUCGUUCUAUCGUUUCGUCCGAUUCGUUCAGAAUUUAAGGUGACUCAUUUUAUCUAUAACCAAUGACUAAGAUCUAGGGUACACAGUAAUAUUCAUCUGUUAGCAUAAACAACCAAUUUUCUAGAAUACGCCCCCAAAAUGAGGUCGUUGAAGGUGAUUCUAUUGGCCUUGCUAUGCAUUCAGCUCUCACACGCGCAAUCCUACGAAUGUACCAUGGAUCAGGAAUUUUGUGUGUUCCAGGGUGUAAGAUUUUUUAAAAAUACGACCAACAUUGCGUUUGCUUUCUCCGGUGCUACUAAACCUGUGAAUGUAGCCUUCAAGGAUUCCCACAUGGUGGGAAUUCCCGGCAAGUUUCUGGAUGUUUUUCGGGAUGAUUUAGAAGUUCUGAAAGUGGAAGACUGUGGACUCCAGUCGGUGACCAUCACAAGAAAUAUGGUAGCUCUGUAUGCUAGGAAUAACGUCAUACAGAAAGUGUUUAUGGACCAAAACGACGAGUGUGCCAGUUUAAUGGAACUGGACUUAAGUAGCAAUAGGUUGACGACUGUUCAGAAUGUCACCAACUGCGAAAAACUCAAGGUGCUAAAUUUGGGCAUAAACGAACAAUUGUGGAGGAAAAAUACUAUUGAUUUAUCUGCAUUUGCCAACUUAAACCUGUUGGAGGAUCUCAACUUAUCGGACAAUGGAGUAUUUUACUUGGAUGGAUUUGGACUGCAAAAUGUCGGAUUGCAAUCAUUAAAGCUACUGGAUUUGUCCAAGAACGACAUACUGCCUGCGGACUUGAGGUUGGAUAUUUUAAAACCAUUUAUCGCAUUAGAAACGCUUAAACUCAACGACAAUAACAUGGUACAACUGGAUUACGCUGAUCUAACGGAUUUCAAGUCACUAAAAAGUGUACAUUUGAAUGGCAACAACUUCCCGUGCAGAAAAGUGAAGGAUAUGCUCGAGUUUUUAAACCAACAUAAUAUUGCGACACCACUAGAUCGGGACAGUAACUGCGGAGAUCAGCAAAUCGAAGGCAUGUGUUGUAAAGGUCCGCUGCCACCUCGUCCUCCACCACCGCCGCGACCAUCGACUCCCUCACCGGUGACUACUACCCAUGCACCAAGUGAACAUACUACGAUCCGUUUCGACCCUAGAAAUCCCGCAAAUGACGAAAGUGAUUCAAGCUGGCAAAUCGUGCUUGCGGUGGUGGUUAUAAUCGCCAUUGUUGCUGCUGGAGCCGGUUAUUUUAUCUACAAAAAACGUUCCAACUAGGGGCUUAUAGUAUGUAACUGAAUCCAUCUGAACGAUUGAUACUAUAUAGGGGACGAUACAAAUAUUACAUCCACACAUUUUUCGAUUUUUUCCCUAACACCCCCCCCCCCUCCCCCCAUACAGUUUUCGAAUUCUAGGACCUCCUCUCCCUCUAAAGAGUGGACGUCAUAUUUGAAUCAUCCCUAGGGUGGGUCAAGUUUGUGUGGCAGGUCACAACCCACUGCUUUUUCGAUUUGUAAAAAACUGUGUUAAAUUUGAACAUUUAAAAAAAAAACACGAAUUGAUCGAAUUUGGUUGUGGCCUGGAUUUGCGGAUGAAUUUCAAAGUAAGGUUAGGUUAGGUUACUUUAUUAAAGAGACUUUCAGAACCAAAUUUCGGAAAGGAAACAUUCAUUUGUUUAUCGACAAUCCACACAUUGGUCAAUAUUGUCUAUAUCUACCUGAGACUUAGAGUUGGCAGACUAAUUAGAACAACUGUGUCGACGACCCUAAGUUCAGUUAUCUUCUGUGCAAUUAUUUUAUUAUGGCUCAUUUCUCACCAAACUAUACAAAUAAAUGUGAUAAAAGUGCAAGUUUCCGUCUAAUCGUUGCCCCGUUGCCCUUAGCAUGAAAUAAGUGCGCCGAAGAGACCAAAACAAUUUUACGGAAAACGUGCACUUUCAUCACAUUGUUAUGUUUCAGUUGCUUCCAACACUCCAAAUAACUUUCAGCCAAUGUGAUAAUGGUUAACUUUUUGCUCAGAAAUCGAUUCGAUUUUCGGUCUUGGAAAAAUUAGUUCUGCACAGUUCACCCAAUCUAAGUCUCAGUUAUUGGCAAUGUUUGAGCAAUGUAUGCAUUUUUGACAAGCAAAUUAUUGUUUUCUUUCCGUUUCCCAUACCUACUCGCUUUGAAAUUAUCCCUAAAAUUCAGAUCGUAGCCGAAUUCGUUCACAUGAGGCACAGUUGUUGCGGGAAAAUAAAAACAGUUGGGAGUAGGCAGUUGUAAAGUUGACUCACCCUAAUCGUCAGUUUUAGGACUCAAAGUACUGAAAUUGGUUUGAAUUCUCUAUUUUUUUUCUCUAUUUUACUUCCCACUGUAGCAGUAGCUUUUCGGUCCAUCUUAAAAUUAUCAGUCCAGCUUUAAAUAGCACACACUCAUUUUUGGACUUCACAACCUUAUGGAAGAAAUUUAACUCUUUACUAGGCUAUUUUUAAGAAAGUGCGAAAAUAAUCUGAUCCUAAAUAAUUUAGAUCCUUAUCGAUAUUUUCUUUAUCAAGAAAGAAUUGAUUGUAGAACAAUCAGCUGCCAUUUAAAUUGUAGGGUAUCAAUUGGUCUGGACCUUCGUAAUCGAAAGUUGAUCAACAGCCCCACUGCCGUGGGAUGACAAAGUGAUGUAAACAACACUCAAACACUCAUCACUUGGCAAAAAUGUGUGACUUGAGCCAUACAUUUUCGGAGAAAAUGCAAUUGUCAAAGUGGCACCAUAUGGAACUGUUGCAAACUAAAACAAAAUCAUGAAUGUCAUGGCUCUCCCUGGCUAAUCGCCAUCACCAUCGAGUACGGGAAGACUAAAGAGACUGAAUUGGGUGUUUUCAACCUCUUCAAGGAAGACUUUCCCUACCCAAUGGAUAUGUUGGUUUGUGCAGGCGUGCCUUAAUUCCUAGAAAUCAUCGAGAGAAGUAAUUGUUUACAAAAGCUGUUACGCCCUAAUUCCAGUGUUAUCUAGAAUCAUUCACUUAUGGUGGUAAGCUCCAACCGGUAUUAUCCUCGGAUUAAAUCCCGAUCAAGAAUGUCCGGCCACUUUGUUGUCGACAUCAGAUUUAAGCAAACUUUUUGCAGAUCAUCCAAACAGGGGCGGGAUUAAACGUUUUUUUCCGAAUUGGAGCUUAUCGCCAUUAAUGGG